GCUCGAUGAGGACCCCAACCGCUUUCCCCAGGUGAUCGCUGAUGCCCAGUGCCGCCUCUCCGGCUGCGUGAACCCACUGGGGCAAGAGGACCACAGCCUCAACUCUGUCCCCAUCCAACAGGAGAUCCUCGUCCUCCGUCGGGAGCAGCGGGGCUGCCUGCCCACCUACCGCCUGGAGAAGAAAGUCAUCACCGUGGGCUGCACCUGUGCCACUCCAGUUGUCCGCCACCAGUCCUAG